AUGGCCAUCGGUAUGACAGGGCGUCGGAAUGGGCGACGAGGACGUUACUGGCACAUGGGCAUCGUGUUCCUGGUGUACACAAGCUUUCACGCGUACUCAGCCUCGAUCGGUGGUGGCAGUGAUGAGCCAAGUGGCACUGAUCUGGGAAAUCUCGAGCUACCCAACGUAACACCCAAUUCAGCCUUCUACGCUACCUCCUCGUCGUCCUGGGGUGACACAACCGCUGAAAGCGACACCAACGCACCGGAUGAUGCGAGUCCGACGGAGGAAUCGAAACCGGCCAGUGGUCGAGCACAUCAUCACUCGCAUCCCACCUGGAGGCCUAAGCGCGAAAAUUGUACACCACCCGCGAUCGAGCAGUUUCCACAGCCGCUGAUGGGACCGAACGUGCGGAAACACGGUGGUCUCAUCAUUCACGUGCUGGUGGCAAUCUUCACCUUCCUUGGACUAGCGAUCGUUUGUGACGAUUACUUCGUGUCAAGUUUAGAUAGGAUUUGUGAAGAGUUAAAGCUGUCCCCGGAUGUCGCGGGAGCCACGUUUAUGGCCGCUGGAAGUUCUGCCCCCGAACUGGCGACUGUCAUCAUCGGUGUGUUCUUCGCUAAGGACGAUAUCGGCAUUAGUGGCGUGAUCGGAUCGGCUGUGUUCAACAUCAUGUUUGUGAUCUCGGUGUGUGCUCUCUGUUCCGGUACGGUUCUGCAGCUAAACUGGUGGCCAUUGGUGCGAGACUGCACCUUCUACACCAUAUCCAUCCUCGUGAUGCUGAUCGUCAUCUUUAACGACGUGAUCUCGUGGGUCGAAUCACUGAUCAUGCUGCUCUUCUACGUCGUGUACUGUGUCGCGUUGCACUUCAACACCCCGUUGGAGAAGUGGGCUCACACCUGGAACCUACCGAUCAAGCUCCCGACGAAGGAGGAACAAUCGGCACUGGUCACGUACAAAAACCUUCCCGAAGCGACCUACACCCAGGGACAGCAACCGGGCACGGAAACUCAGCAACAAUCGCAACCACCAGCAGAUCAGCCGCCUGCAGCCGAUCAGGGUUACGCUGCGUACAUGGAUCCAAACUCCAGCUGGGAUCCGAAUGCGGCCUGGGGAGAACCAACACCGGCCGUGACUAACUCAGCGGUGACGCAGAACUACAACGACGCGUGGAAUACGGACAGCGGACAGCAGAACUACGCCUACGAGGAUCAGUACGGUCAGGAGGGUCAGCAGAAACCGCAACAACAACAGCAGCAGCAGCAGCAACAAGUCGUUCAGCAGCAAACAAACGUUGCAUCAGCCCCGGCAGGUGAUGACUACUACAAACCGAAGGAACCGCGUCCACAAGAUUCGCACAACCCGCUCGAGAAACCGGUCGAUGGUGGCAUGCUGGCACAGGUGUCUUGGGCGAUCGUAUAUCCAAUCCACUAUACCGCCCGACUCACCAUGCCCGACUGUAAGACGGAGAAGUACAAAAAUUGGUACCCGUUCACGUUCCUCAUCUCGAUGAUCUGGAUCUCGUUCUACUCGUACUUCAUGGUGUGGAUGAUAACGAUCAUCGGUUCGACCCUCGGCAUCCCUGAUACCGUCAUGGGACUAACGUUCGUGGCCGCGGGAGUCUCCGUCCCGGACGCGCUUAGUUCCAUCGCGGUGAUCAAGGAGGGCUACGGUGACAUGGCCGUCUCGAACGCCGUCGGGUCGAACGUGUUCGAUAUACUCAUCUGUCUCGGGCUGCCGUGGUUCAUUCAGACAGCGAUCAUUAAGCCCGGUUCACACGUCAACGUCAUCUCGAAGGGGCUCACCUACUCGACGCUCUCGCUUCUUUCGACGGUGUUGUUCCUGCUGUUCGCGACGCAUCUGAACGGGUGGAAGCUAGACAAACGUCUCGGAAUCGUGCUGAUGUUCUGGUACCUGCUGUUCAUCACAGUCGCGUCGCUGUACGAGCUGAACUUCUUCGGUCAGCUGAAUCCUCCCGAGUGUCCGAGUAUCUACUAAACUCCAUCGCAUCUACCAUUCCAACGUAUUUCUUCCGCGAACAGCAGCAGCACCAGCAGCGUAUCGCAAUGCAAAC